AUGUUCCGUGUUGCAUUGCGCACUAAAUGUCACUGUGUUUCGGCUUUUGGCAGUUGUCGACAACGACAUUGUGAAGCAAAGGUAAUACCAUUUGAGAGCAUUGGUGAUGCUAUUAUGCAAUCGCUCUUACGUUCACGUCGAAUUAGACGUUCAAAUAGUUUACCGACUUCGCGUGUCACAUGUCUCAGACCACGUAAAGAACGCCGUAUGCGUCACAAAGUAGUGCCACUGUGGUUUAUUGAUACUCGAAAUUGGACAAUUCGUGAUAAAAAAACUCAGCAUCUUGAACGGUAUGUAUUGUUAAUGUAUGGCUAUUUUCUGUGUGCAAUUGUGCUUUUGCAAGAAAAAGUUUAUAGUCUACCAACAACACCACCUGAAAAGUUAACUCAGGGUUGUUCACCGGAACUUCUUCAUUUACGUUCUUAUCGACACUUUCACGUGUUGUGCCGUAGCCAACCAGCUAUUGCAGUAGCAGCUUACGAAGGGAUGCAAGAUGCUAUGAGCCAAUGUAAGGAACAAAUGCGCUUUCAGCCUUGGGAUUGUUCACAAAUUAUUACUGUAUUGCAAGAUCCAUCUAUUUUGCGCCUUGGAACUCGAGAGUCAGCAUACUUAUGGGCGCUUUCUUCUGCAGGUGCUGCAUGGGGUGUUGCUACAGCGUGUUCUCAAGGAUGGUUACCGGACUGCUCGUGUAGUGGUCGAGAUGAACUGAAGCAAAAUUGGGAAUGGGGCGGGUGCUCGUACGGAGUACAGUUUGGAAUAGUAACCUCUCGAAAAUUACUUACAAAAAGUGCCAUUUCUCGAUCUCCAAUAAGAAAAUUAGAAAAGCACAACUUAAAGGCUGGAAGAUUGGCUGUUAAGAAAACUUUAAUCUCAUCUUGCAAAUGUCAUGGCGUUAGUGGAAGUUGCGAUCAGAAAACGUGUUGGAAGAAGACUGCUCCUUUGUCUACCAUUGUACAACACAUUACUAAUAAACUAAAUAAGGCUAGAAGACUUCCAGAUAUUAAUUCUCCUGCAAAAAAUGCAGAAUUAGUAUAUAUGGAAGAUAGUCCUGACCCCUGUCGUACCACCCGAAUAACUAAUAGAGUUUGCAAUUGGAGAAAUGAGACAAAUAGUCAGGGAGACUGUGGUUUACUUUGCUGUGGACGAGAAUAUAAAGUAUCACAUGAACUGAUAUCAUAUCAGUGCGAUUGCCAGUUUAUUUGGUGUUGCCAUCUGAAAUGCAAUACAUGUCUCAGGCAUCGAUGGGUUUCCACUUGUAAUUAA